GAAGUGGAAAGGAGCUUUCCCAGCUGAGGAGAGGAAAAGUUCACGGGAGCGCCUCCAGCCUAAGGUGGCGAAGAAAUAUCUUGCAAGGGGUCUAUGGAUGCUAAGGGGAGGGGACGCCGGGCUGAUUGACGGCACACACCGGCCGGACCGGAAGUAUCUCCAAGAGUUAGAAGGUGGGAGGACAGAAAGGCCAUGCUCAGGCUUUGUAGUACCUAAAUCCGCUUGCACCUCACACUUCUUUUAAUAGCGUGGAGUGAAUUUAAUGAAGCUUCCCCCAUCUGUCCUGGGAAGUGUCUUUCAGGGAGCCCCACGGAAAGUGUCAUCAAAGUAUUGCAGCCAGGGCUGCAGAACCUUUUUCCCUCUUCUGCCGCUUUUUCAAUAUGCACCGGAACGAUUUUAGCAACUGUGGACGGAAGUGUGGCUAAGGCCUUGGCCCCUCCACCAGAGGAAGAUGCUGCAGCCACCUGUCUGUUCCUCCUGAACCUCCAGGUUUCUGCCACAUUGCCCCAUGGAGGACACGCCCCUCUCAUUCAGCUGCUCAGACUGUCAGCGCCACUUUCCUAGCCUCCCAGAACUGUCACGGCACCGAGAACUGCUCCAUCCAUCUCCCAACCAGGACAGUGAAGGGGCUGAUGGUAUCCCUAGGCCCUACCGCUGUCAGCAGUGUGGGCGGGGCUACCGUCACCCAGGGAGCCUGGUCAACCACCGCCGUACCCAUGAGACUGGCCUUUUCCCCUGUAUUACCUGUGGCAAGGACUUUACCAAUCCUAUGGCCCUCAAGAGCCACAUGAGGACUCAUGCUUCUGAGGGCCGCCGCAGGCGCAGGUCUCCCCACCCCAAGGAAGCAACUCCACACCUCCAGAGUGAGACAGUGUCUACUGACUCCUGGGGCCAGAGACUUGGCCCUGGGGAAGGCUGGGAAAACCAGACAAAACAUACAAAAGAGACACCUGAUUGUGAUUCUGGACCUGACCUCGGGGCAGCUCCAGGCACUUGGGAGGAUCCACCCACCAGACAACGAGAAGGCUGGGAAAGUCAGCCAGAUCCUGAGAGUGGUGCAGAGGGCUGGGGUUCUACCGUCAACUCUGCCAGAGCCCCACCUCUCCCCACCCCAGCCAGCAGCCUCCUUAGCAACUUGGAACAGUAUUUGGCUGAAUCAGUAGUGAACUUCACAGGGGGCCAGGAACCUACCCAGUCUCUUCCUGCUGAAGAGGAGCGGAGAUACAAGUGCAGUCAAUGUGGCAAGACCUACAAGCAUGCUGGAAGCCUCACCAACCACCGCCAGAGCCACACCCUGGGCAUCUACCCUUGUGCCAUCUGCUUCAAGGAGUUCUCUAACCUCAUGGCUCUGAAGAACCAUUCCCGACUUCAUGCCCAAUAUCGGCCUUAUCACUGUCCCCACUGCCCCCGUGCCUUCCGCCUGCCCCGGGAGCUGCUGGAACACCAGCAGUCCCAUGAGGUAGAAAGGCAGGAGGAGCCAUGGGAAGAGAAAGAGAUGCCCACCACUAAUGGGCACACAGAUGAGAGCAGCCAGGACCAGCUACAUAAUAUACAGAUGCUGAAUGGUACUGGGGAGCUCAGCACUUCUGGAGAGCUAGAAGACAGUGGACUAGAGGAAUACCGGCCUUUCCGCUGUGAGGACUGUGGCCGAACUUACCGCCAUGCUGGGAGCCUCAUCAACCAUCGAAAAAGCCACCAAACAGGUGUGUAUCCCUGCUCCAUUUGUUCCAAGCAGCUAUUCAAUGCAGCUGCUCUCAAAAACCAUGUUCGGGCUCAUCAUAGACCCCGGCAAGGCACUGGGGAAGAUGGUCAGUUAUCAGUGUCACCAGCUCCCCUGCUGUUGGCUGAGACCACCUGCAAAGAGGAAGAGGUCCCCACCAGCACCCUGGACCAUCGCCCCUAUAAGUGUGGUGAGUGUGGCCGGGCUUACCGCCACCGGGGAAGCCUGGUGAACCACCGCCAUAGCCAUCGGACAGGAGAGUACCAGUGCUCCCUCUGUCCCCGCAAGUACCCCAACCUCAUGGCCCUACGCAACCAUGUGCGGGUACAUUGCAAGGCUGCUCGCCAACGUGCAGACCCAGGUUCUGAGGGGCUUCCCAGCAACACCAAGGGGGACCUCUCAGUGGGAGUAGAGGCAGCCUCCCACACAGACCAGAGGCAUGUGUGCAAACAUGAAGAGGAGGCCACUGGUGCUGUCCCAACAGCAGGUGGGACAGUACCACAUAUAUGUAGCAUCUGUGGCAUGCUCUUUGAAGAUCCUGAGAGUCUUAAACAUCAUGGUGUAACCCACAGAGCAGGAGAAGGAGAAAAUAGGUUAGAGAACACUGUGUCACCUCCUCGGGCAUUUGCCUGCCGAGACUGUGGAAAGAGCUAUCGCCACUCAGGCAGCCUUAUUAACCACAGGCAGACCCACCAGACAGGAGACUUCAGUUGUGGGGCCUGUGCUAAGCACUUCCACACCAUGGCUGCCAUGAAGAGCCAUUUGCGACGCCACAGCCGGCGGCGGAGCAGGCGGCAUUGGAAGCAGGCUGGCAGUGUUGGGGGAGAAGCCAAACUCCCACCAGUGGGAACCUGGGUUCAGGAAUCAGAAGACAAUGAGGACCUGAACUCUUCCCACCACCCUUUGGAGGAAAAUCCUUGUGGGAUUGAAGGCAACUUGGAAAGUGAUGGGGACUGUUUGCAAGCUGAAUCUGAAGGUAAAACAUGUGGGCUUGAGAAUGAUGAGGCCUGUUUCCAGGGUGAUGAAGAGAGCAGAGGUGCUAAGGAAGGGCUGGAACUGAAGGAAGCCUGUUUUCUUGGCAACUUGGACAUUCCAUGUGAUGAGAAAGGCAGUAGGACUCACUUUUGUGGUGGCCUCACUGGGGUGGAGGAAGACCAGAAACCAACCACUGGUCACCCCAGUACCUCUUCCCAUUCUGCAGAGGCUGCCCCCAGCUGGCAGACUGAGGUCACUCACACAUGUUCUGACUGUGGGCAUUCUUUCUCUCAUGCCACAGGCCUUCUGAGCCAUAGGCCCUGCCACCCACCAGGUAUCUAUCAGUGUUCCCUCUGCCCAAAGGAGUUUGACUCUCUGCCUGCCCUGCGUAGUCACUUCCAGAACCACAGGCCAGGAGAGGCAACCUCAGCCCAGCCUUUCCUCUGCUGUCUAUGUGGUAUGAUCUUUCCUGAGCGGGUUGGCUACAGGCUUCACCAGCGCCAGGUUCACCACACCUCUGGCAUUAGUGAGGGCUCAGAGGAGGAGGGGGAAGAGGAAGGAGCAGCAGAUACUAUGUCUACCCACAGCCCUCCACUGCAGCUCUCAGAAGCAGAGCUGCUAAACCAGCUGCAGCGAGAAGUGGAGGCACUUGGUGGAGCAGGUUAUGGGCACAUUUGUGGCUGCUGUGGCCAGACCUAUGAUGACCUGGGGAGCCUAGAGCGUCACCAUCGAAGUCAGAGCUCUGAGAAUCCUUCAGACAAGGAUCCUAGCCAUGUGGGAGCAUUAGGUGGUGCUACAGAGAUGAUUGCAGACAGUGUCUUUGAGGGGAUAGUGACCUCUGGAGAAGGUGGAGACACAAAAUCUGAAAAGGGAGUAGGUGGCACAGUUGCAGACAGUCUUUGCAUGCAGGUUGGUGAAAGUUUUCUAGAGGCUCAGCCCCGCCCCUUCCGCUGCAACCAGUGUGGCAAGACCUAUCGCCACGGGGGCAGCCUGGUCAACCACCGCAAAAUCCACCAGACUGGAGAUUUUGUCUGCCCUGUUUGCUCCCGCUGCUACCCCAAUCUGGCUGCCUACCGUAAUCACCUGCGGAACCAUCCUCGCUGCAAAGGCUCUGAGCCCCAGGUGGGGCCUGUCCCAGAUGCCGGAGGUAGCAGUGAUUCCCAGAAUGUGGCAGAGGAGGGAGUGGUGCAGGAAGAAAUGAGGCAGCUCCCAGAAGAACUUAAAGUGGAGCCCCUGGAGGAGGUGGCUAGGGUGAAAGAGGAGGUGUGGGAGGAAACCACUGUGAAGGGAGAGGAGAUAGAAUUGAGGCUGGAGACGGCAGAGAAGGGCUGUCAGACUGAGGCCAGCUCUGAGCGGCCCUUCAGCUGUGAGGUGUGUGGUCGCUCAUACAAGCACGCGGGCAGCCUCAUCAAUCAUCGGCAGAGUCACCAGAUUGGCCACUUUGGCUGCCAGGCUUGCUCCAAAGGCUUCUCAAACCUUAUGUCCCUUAAGAACCACCGGCGCAUCCAUGCAGACCCUCGGCGUUUCCGCUGUAGUGAAUGUGGGAAAGCCUUUCGCCUGCGGAAGCAACUGGCCAGCCACCAUCGGGGCCAUGUUGAGCGGCGUGGGGGUGGAGUCACCCGAAAGCUAACUCGGGAAGAUAGGCCCUUCCUGUGUGGACAAUGUGGACGGACCUACCGCCAUGCUGGCAGCCUCCUGAACCACAGGCGCAGCCAUGAGACAGGCCAAUACAGCUGCCCCUCCUGCCCCAAGACAUACUCCAACCACAUGGCCCUGAAGGACCAUCAGAGGCUGCAUUCUGAGAGUCGGCGGCGGAGGGCAGGGUGGUCCCGGCGAGCAGCCUUGCGCUGUGCCCUCUGUGGACAAGGCUUUCCUGGCCGAGGAUCUCUGGAGCGGCAUCUGAGGGAGCAUGAGGAGGGGAGCAAAAAGGAGCUGGACAGUGACCUGGGAGGCCCAAAUGGUACAGAGGCCAGUGAGAGGAACCUGGCCAACAACCAGGGACUCGAGGGUAGAUCAGGUGGUACUGAGUCAGUAUCCCAGCUGGAGGAUAGAGUCAAGCCAGGGGAACACAGUCAGAGUCUCAGCCGGGCAGCAGGAUCAGAAGCCACAGAGCCACUAUCCUGGGGUGUGGUGAAAGCAGAUGGGUGGCAAGAAGAGAGGGGGCUGCUUAAUCACAGUGGUGGUUGGGCUCCUCAGGGUCAGGUAUUAACUAAGACAGAAAACAAGUUGGAAGACAACGUCCCCAGUAAUCCUUGCCACCUUGCUGACAGCCAGUCCAAUGGACCUAGUCUGAGUUACAUGGAUAACUGGGACAGUAGGGACAGCAGCUCUCAGCUCCAGCCAGAGAGCCACUCCUGUUCCUGCAGCCAGUGUGGCAAGACCUACUGCCAACCAGAUGGCCUCUUGAACCAUAACACCCACAAGACAGACCGCCACUAUUGCCUGCUCUGCUCCAAGGAAAUUUUAAAUCCUGCGGCCACUAAGAGCUAUAGUCACAACCAUAUACCUGCCCAGACUUUUGCCUGCCCUGACUGUGGUAAGACCUUUCAGUGCCACCAUGAACUGGCCACACACCUGCAGACUCAUGCCAGGGACCAGAGUCAGAUACCAAGUCAGAUAGAGGAGGCCAAAGGUCCCCAGACUGGAACUGUAGAGGACAAGGUAGGUCUCCCUGGUCCAGGGAAAGCUCAAGAGGCCCUAUCAGAACCAGGUCCCGGAGCCCCAGGAGAGAAUGGUGAGCCAGAUAGUGGAGGGCAAGGAGUAAAUUCCACAGCAGCUGAAGACAAGGAGAGGCCCUUCCGCUGUGCCCAGUGUGGACGUUCCUACCGCCAUGCUGGCAGCCUGCUGAACCAUCAGAAGGCACACACCACUGGACUCUAUCCCUGCUCUCUGUGCCCCAAACUUCUACCUAACCUGCUGUCUCUUAAGAACCAUGGCAGGACCCACACGGACCCCAAGCGCCACCGCUGCAGCAUCUGUGGCAAGGCCUUCCGGACAGCUGCCCGACUAGAGGGUCACAGGCGGGUCCAUGCACCCCGAGAAGGGCCUUUCACCUGCCCCCGUUGUCCCCGGCACUUCCGCCGUCAAAUCAGCUUCCUGCAGCACCAGCAACAGCACCAGGAAGAAUGGACAGUGGCAAGCUCUGGAGCCUCAGUGGUACCAGUGGCAGACAGAGGGGACUUAUCUCUGCCCCCUCCACCCACCCCCACACCCCCAGUCCUGGACCCUUCACCCCAGUGGCCUGCAGACCUCAGCUUCUCCCUCUGAACUUCAAGUUUCCAAAGAACAGAACGUUGGAGGACAAGGGUGCAGACAGGGAGGGUCUUGAACUCAUGUUUCGCUCAGGAGUCACUUGUGCAUCCCCAUCUCCUCUCCCUGUGAGAAGGACCUAGAUCUGGCUUCUUUUCCCAGAAGGGGGUGGGCAUGUUCCUCAUGUCUCUGUCCUAGAUGGACCUCCCAGCCUUUGUCACCCUGCUCUUCCCAGGGGCAGGCUCUGCCAGGCUUCUGGGUCACCCUCACCAGCCAGAUUGCAGCACCAGGGAGAGGCAGAUUCAGAGUGCAUCACAGGUGGGAAAGCUGCCUGUGGAAGGGGAGCCUUUUGCUACAGUUUGUAACUUAUUUUCUAAAGUCUAUUUUGUAACAAUUUAUUUAAGUUUUAAAAAAAGGAAAAUUGCUCCUCCCCCCAAAAAACAUUUUUGAAAUGGGUAGCUGUUGUGGUUGUUUCUGAGGGGAGGAAGCUAAGGAGAGCCAGAGAACCUGUGCUGGAAAGCAGGGCUAAGCUUGGGAGUAUCCCUGUCCUGCAGGGUGGUGAGUGGGGGCAUCUGCUGGGCAUGCCCCAGGGUCUGAACCCCAC